AAACAGAGUCAAGCUAGAGAUCUUAAUACACUUUAGCAUUCUAAUUCUUUUACAUGUUUACUUUCUUUUAACCAUUUCUGUUUUUACAAUUCAGUUCACCGUUCAUACAUAAUGAAUGAAUCACUAGAAUAGAAGUGUGUGUAUAAAAACAUCCUCUGCAGUUGCAUGCAAAGCUAGAAUUUUUCUUACAAUUCAGCUGCUGCAGAAUGGAUGAGAUUAGUCUUUUUCCAACCAGUUCAAGCAUUAGAUAUAGCAGGAAAAAAAGUGCUGCUGGGAGUUUAAGGGCUACUAGCUCUUCAAUAUGGAGGGACAAAGGCAUGGACAUUUUUUCGAAAUCUUCAGUCAGAGAGGAAGAUGAUGAGGAGGCUCUCAAAUGGGCUUCUCUGGAGAAGCUUCCGACUUUCGAUAGAUUGAAGAAAGGCCUGUUGUUUGGAUCACAAGGGGUUGGUUUUAGUGAAGUUGAUAUUGAUAAUCUUGGGUAUGAUGAUAGGAGGAAACUUGUGGACAGGCUUGUUAGGGUUGCUGAAGAAGAUAAUGAGAAGUUCUUGCUGAAGCUCAAGAAUAGAAUUGACGCAGUUGGGAUUGAUUUGCCCACAAUAGAAGUUAGAUUUGAGAAUUUAAACAUUGAAGCACAAGUUCAUGUAGGGAGCAGAGCUUUGCCUUCUUUUGUGAACUUCAAUCUUGGAAUUGUUGAGGGUUUUCUAAACACUCUGAAAAUACUUCCAAGCAGCAAGAAGCAACUAAAUAUUCUUCAAGAUGUUAGUGGUAUCCUCAAGCCUGGCAGAAUGACAUUGCUUUUAGGUCCUCCGAGUUCUGGGAAGACUACAUUGUUGCUUGCUUUGGCUGGGAAGCUUGAUUCCGACUUGAAGGUCUCCGGAAGAGUGACUUACAACGGACAUGAAAUGAGAGAGUUUGUGCCCCAGAGAACAGCUGCCUAUAUUAGCCAAAAUGAUUUACAUAUAGGAGAAAUGACUGUGAGAGAAACUCUGGCUUUUUCAGCAAGAUGCCAGGGGGUAGGCUCGCGCUAUGAAAUGCUGAUGGAGCUGUCUAGGAGAGAAAAAGAAGCAAAUAUUAAGCCUGAUCCUGAUAUCGACAUCUUCAUGAAGGCAGCAGCAACAGUUGGCCAAGAGACUAGUGUGGUGACAGAUUACGUCUUAAAGAUUUUAGGACUUGAUAUCUGUGCAGAUACAUUGGUAGGUGAUAACAUGAUUCGAGGUAUAUCUGGUGGACAGCGAAAACGUGUCACAACAGGUGAAAUGUUGGUUGGACCAUCAAGGGCUCUUUUUAUGGAUGAGAUAUCUACUGGUUUAGACAGUUCAACAACUUUUCAGAUUGUCAAUUCACUUAAGCACAGUGUCCACAUACUGCAAGGAACUGCUCUAAUAUCUCUUCUGCAGCCUGCCCCUGAAACUUAUGACUUGUUCGAUGAAAUCAUGCUUCUGACAGAUGGCCAAAUAGUGUAUCAGGGUCCUCGGGAACAUAUUCUUGAAUUUUUUGAAACCAUGGGUUUCAAAUGUCCUGAAAGAAAAGGUGUUGCUGAUUUUUUGCAAGAGGUGACAUCAAAAAAGGACCAGAAACAGUACUGGCUAAACAAAGAUGAGCCGUACAGAUUUGUGACAGCCAAAGAAUUUUCUGAGGCUUUCCAGUCAUUUCAUGUUGGAAUCGAAGUGGGAGAUGCUCUUGCAACCUCGUUUGACAAGAGCAAAAACCAUCCAGCUGCAUUGACAACUGAAACGUAUGGUGUUAACAAGAAGGAGCUUGUGAAAGCUUUGACUGCAAGAGAGAUUUUGCUGAUCAAGAGAAAUUCAUUUGUUUACGUAUUUAGAUUGGCCCAACUUAGCAUAAUGGCAAUGAUUUACAUGACAGUGUUCUUCAGAACUGAAUUAGACCAUGACACAGUUAUUGAUGGAGGAUUAUACAUGGGUGCUCUAUUUUUUGCUGUGAUGAUGAUUGUCCUGAAUGGAAUGGCUGAGCUAAGCGUGGUGAUAGGCAAGCUUCCGGUUUUUUACAAACAAAGGGACCUUCUAUUUUUUCCUCCAUGGUCUUAUGCUCUUCCAUCAUGGAUUGUCAAAAUACCCAUAACAUUGCUAGAAGUCGGAUUCUGGGUAGCCAUUAGUUACUAUGUUAUUGGAUUUGAUCCAAAUGUUGGAAGAUUCAUUAAACAUUUCCUAGUACUCGUGCUCAUAGGUCAGGUAGCUUCCGCAUUGUUCCAGACUACAGGGGCAGUUGGUAGGAAUAUGGUUCUUGCUAACACAUAUGGCGGAUUUGUCUUUCUUGUCAUUCUAGUGCUUGGUGGAUUUAUGCUUACACGAGGGGACAUAGGAGACUGGUGGAUAUGGGCUUACUAUAUUUCACCAGUUAUGUACGCGAUGAAUUCAAUUUCAGUAAACGAAUUCCUGGGGCAUAAGUGGAGCCAUUUAACUGGAAAUGGUACUGAGACGCUGGGAGUCGCAGUCUUAAAGUCUAAAGGGUUCUUCCCACAUACACGCUGGUACUGGAUAGGGAUCGGAGCACUGACUAUAAGCGUUGUUUUACUCAAUCUAACCUACACACUGGCACUUGCUGUUCUUAACCCUUUGGGAAAACUUCGUGCUGUUGUUGUGGAGGCGGGAAAUACUGAACAAGAUGGGACUGAAUUAUCAGAAUCGACCAAUCAGAACCAGAAAAAGGGAAUGAUUCUUCCGUUUGAACCAUAUUCCCUUACUUUUGAUGAUAUCAAAUAUUCUGUUGACAUGCCAAAGGAAAUGAAGGAGCAAGGGGUUGGUGAAGAUAAAUUGUUGCUUCUGAAGGGAGUAUCGGGAGCAUUCAGACCAGGUGUUCUCACAGCUCUGAUGGGGGUCAGUGGUGCUGGUAAAACAACUCUUAUGGAUGUGCUGGCGGGGAGAAAAACUGGUGGAUACAUAACGGGAGACAUUACAGUUUCAGGGUACACGAAAAAGCAGGAAACUUUUGCUCGCAUAUCUGGAUACUGUGAGCAGAAUGACAUCCACUCGCCUCAUGUAACUGUCUAUGAGUCCUUGCUCUACUCAGCCUGGCUACGAUUGCCUGUAGAAGUCGAUUCUGAGAAAAGGAAGUUGUUUGUAGAUGAAGUCCUGGAACUGGUAGAGUUGAAUUUAUUGAAGGAUGCACUUGUCGGAUUGCCUGCUGUUGAUGGUCUCUCCACUGAACAGCGCAAAAGACUCACAAUUGCAGUUGAGCUGGUAGCAAACCCCUCCAUCAUUUUCAUGGAUGAACCAACUUCAGGAUUAGAUGCAAGAGCUGCAGCAAUCGUGAUGAGAACCGUUAGAAAUACUGUGGACACCGGAAGGACAGUUGUCUGCACCAUCCAUCAGCCAAGCAUUGACAUAUUUGAAGCAUUCGAUGAGCUUUUCCUCAUGAAACGAGGAGGACAGGAGAUAUAUGUUGGACCACUGGGUCAUCGUUCUUGUGAACUAAUCCGUUACUUUGAGUCUAUUGAAGGAGUAAGUAAAAUCAAAGACGGAUAUAAUCCAGCGACCUGGAUGCUAGAGGUUACAAGCCCUGCUCAAGAAAUGGCUCUGGGGGUUGAUUUCACAGAAAUGUACAGAAAUUCUGAUUUGUAUAGGAGAAACAAAGAACUUAUUAAAGAGUUAAGCACACCUUGUCCUGGUUCAAAGGAUCUCUAUUUUCCAACUCAAUUCUCACAACCUUUUAUUACUCAAUGCGUGGCUUGCCUGUGGAAGCAACGAUGCUCUUACUGGCGAAACACAUCUUAUACUGCAGUAAGGUUCAUCUUUGCAGCAGCCAUUGCUACCGUUUUUGGGUCAAUAUUUUGGGACCUUGGUACACAAACGGAAAAGAGGCAAGAUCUCAGUAAUGCAAUGGGCUCUAUGUAUGCCGCCUGUCUCUUUCUAGGGAUCGAGAAUGCCAUGGCAGCCCAACCAGUGGUGGCCGUAGAAAGAACAGUAUUCUACAGAGAAAGGGCAGCGGGAAUGUAUUCAGCCUUGCCUUAUGCUGUUGGACAGGUUCUGGUUGAAGUACCUUACAUAAUGGCACAGGCUGGAAUUUACGGCAUUAUUGUCUAUUCAAUGAUUGGUUUCAAAUGGACAGUAGUUAAAUUCCUUUGGUAUGUAUACUUCAUGUUCUUCACAUUUCUAUACUUCACGUUUUACGGCAUGCUGUCUGUGGCUUUGACUCCCAAUGCCGACAUUGCUUCUAUUGUCGCUGCUGCAUUCUAUGCACUAUGGAAUCUCUUUUCAGGAUUCAUGAUCCCCCGGCCUAGCAUGCCUGUGUGGUGGAGAUGGUAUUCUUGGGCAUGUCCGCUUGCUUUUACCCUGUACGGAUUAAUUGCAUCUCAAUUCGGUGACAUUGAUGACAAGAUCCUUAGCGACACAAAUACGACUGUAAAGGACUAUAUUGAAGACUACUUUGGUUUUAAACAUGAAAAUGUCUGGUUAGCAGCAUCUGCAGUCGCUGGAUUUUCAAUAUUUUUCGCAUUUAUGUUUGCUUUAGGUAUAAAGACAUUAAACUUUCAAAAGAGGUAAAAUGCUGAUAGAUCCCAUACUCAAAUUUGUCUUUGAACGAUGUUAUAAACCGGAAAUAAGGAACUUCAAACUAAACAGUUUAGGUUCAGUUUAGAUUGUAUUUAGAGUUAGCUUAUAUAUUCUUUAGCCCUUCACAGUAUGUAUCAGUUUUGAACACACAAAACUCCUGAAAAAACUAUGUAAAUUGUAUGUUUGAACCUUUUCUGCAGUUUAUCUUUC